AUGCAGAUAUUCGUAAAGACACUCACUGGUAAAACCAUUACACUUGAAGUAGAACCAAGUGACACAAUAGAGAAUGUAAAAGCAAAGAUACAGGACAAGGAAGGAAUACCCCCCGACCAACAAAGAUUAAUCUUUGCAGGAAAGCAGCUGGAGGAUGGGAGAACACUUUCUGACUACAACAUACAAAAAGAGAGUACAAUCCAUCUUGUGUUAAGACUGAGAGGAGGAGGAAAGAAGAAGAAGAGAAAGGCAUACACCACCCCAAAGAAAGUAAAGGUAGUUAAAGAGAAAAGAAAGCUUGCCUGCCUCUCUCACUUCAAUGUGGAUAAAGAUGGCAAUGUGCAAAUUCUUAAGAAGGUGUGCCCAACAUGUGGACCAGAAAUAUUUAUGUCAUCCCAUGCUGAAGGAUUCUUCUGCUCAAAGUGCUUCUCCACAGUUCUUUCUGGUGACAUGAAGUAGUAAGC